CAAACCCUAUUUAUAGUGUGACUUGCCUAUCCAACUUCAAGUCUACUAUAAUCAACUGCUAUCAAAGAAAGCCGUCACUCGAAAAGCAUCAAACUUGCAAAUACACGAUUCGAUUUCAGCCCCAAAGAACCUAAUUACCCCAAUAAUCAUCACCACCCCUCCAAACCCCCCAAAAUGUUCACCGUCAUCUUCGAAGUCCGCCCAGCCAAAUGGGACGCGUACCUCGCCCUAGCCAAGUCCCUCCGCCCGGCACUAGAGCAAGUAGAAGGUUUCACCCGCAACAUCCGCUACCGCAGCCUGCGCCGCGACGGCUGGCUGCUCUCGCUAUCAGACUGGGCCGACGAGAAGGCGCUGGUGCGGUGGCGCACGCGCGAGGCGCACCACUGCGCCCAGCAGCGGGGCCGCGAGGAGGUACUGGAGGAUUACCACCUGCGUGUCGGGGAGGUUGUCGUCGACGAGGGCGGGGGCUCGCGCGAGGACGUUACGCGGGUCGGCACAGGUCCGGCCGUCACGUUGCUGGAGAUAGGAGGAGGGGUGAUGACGGAGAGGGAGGAAGCCUAUGCCGAUGCCGACACCUUGGCCCGCGCCAUGGGGUUGGAUACGUCUGCCGUGGGGCUUGUGUCGUGGGAUGUUUUCAACGUGGUCCUCUCGCCUCAGGACCUAAUACUGGUGUGCACGUGGGAGACCGAGUCGGCUGCGAUUGCUUUUUCGAACGGAUUAAGAGGCAAGGGCAGGGAAGGGAUCAAGUGCCGCGUGGUGCGCGUGGUGCGCGACUACGGCAAGUACGACAGGCGUGAGGCACCGCAGUUUUACCCUGACGUGCCUGGCCAGGAGACAUUGCAUAUGUGAGGAGUUCCCUACCCCUGAGUUAGACUCUCUGGUACGAGGUUGAGUAGACUGGUAACUUGAAAUUACGGGUGAACAGCGAGUUUCCUAUGCAAAUUCUCAUUGGCGUUGGGGCGUGAAUCUUUUAUGGAACUGACGCAGAGGAGUCGUCAUCAUCACG